AUGUCUUCAGUAUUAUCAAAUAUCAACAGUAAUCCAUGUGAACAAGAUUUUGACUUAAUUCUUCGAUCCGCAAUGAAACAAGAGACAUGGGCAAUGAAAGUAGUCGAUGCUUGGGGAAAACUAUUACCAUCAGGAAUACUGAAAGGAAAUGUUUAUUGGGUAGGCAAUUAUGAUGAAUGUAUAAAUCCAAUGUAUGAUAUAUCAAAGAAAAUAUUCAUUUCCCAACCAUUCGAUACACAAUAUUGUAUGUAUAUUCAUCUUAUUACAGAAUACAUUCGAGAGUUUUUUUUAGGUACUCUUACACCACCAGCAUCUCGAUCUGGUUUAAUUUCAAUGGGUUCUCUUGUUGUUGGUGUUUGUGUUCCAUCAUCAUGUGAUCGACAAUCAGUCGCCUCUUUAAUUCAUACACUUUUCAACAUGACUGGUAUAACUUCACAGAAUCUUAUUUGUUCUAAUGAUCCACCAAAUGGUCAAAAAGGUCUUACAAGCGGAGCAAUAGCAACUAUUGUCAUUCUUUCACUUUUGGGUUUACUUAUUCUUACUGGAACAAUUCUUGAUCUUAUUCACAGGCCAAAAUUGUAUUUAGUUCAUAAUCUACCAGUGUAUAAUAGUGCAUAUAAUCAUUUAGUUGAUGAUGGUGAAACAACGAUUCAAUCUGAAUUGCAACAAAUAUCAAGAAACUUUCCUCUUAAAUCAAAAACACGAACAGUAUUUCUAGCAGAGUUUUCUGCAUUAAAAUCACUUCGUCGAAUAUUUACAUUGGAAGAAAAAUCUAAUGGUGAUAAGAAUGAAUCAUUUUUAUUUCUUAAUGGUAUUCGAGUAUUAUCAUUAUUUUGGGUAAUUAUUGCUCAUUCAAUACUUUUUGGUUUAUCUUAUACAAGUAAUAUCGUAGAUAUUCGUGUUGCAACACGUAAUAUAGCAUUUCAAUUAGUAGGAGAUGCUCAAUUUAGUGUUGAUACAUUUUUUGUUUUAAGUGGUUUUUUAACUGCAAUUUUAUUUAUUCGUCAAGUGAAAAAAGAAAAACUAUCAUCCCGUUUAAUGUUUCUUUAUUAUAUUCAUCGAUAUAUUCGAUUAACACCAGCAUAUCUAUUAAUGGUUCUUGUUAGUAUAAAUUUAACAGGAUAUUUUGGACAAGGACCUAUAUAUCCAAUUGAACAAGGAUUUGAAUCAAAAGGUUGUCGUACACGAUCUUGGUGGACAUCGAUUCUUUAUCUUGGUAAUCUAGUAAGACCAGAUGAGAUGUGUUUAAAUAUAGCAUGGUAUCUACAUAAUGAUAUGCAAUUUCAUUGGAUUGCACCAAUAACUUUAAUUCCAUUUGUUCUUCGACGAAAGACUAUAGCAUUUGUCAUUGCAAUACUUUUUAUUUUCGUUACAAUUGGAUCAACUUUAGGUAUUCUUCUUUAUUAUCCGAAUAUGUCACUCAGUUAUCCAGGUGGUGGAGCUAAUAAUGAUGGUCCUAGUUACUACAACACUAUUUAUGUUAAACCAUGGUGUCGGAUAUCUGCAUAUGCUAUUGGAAUUUUAACUGGAUAUAUUAUUACAAUUACAGGCCGCCAAUAUCGUAUUAAUAAAUAUAGUAAAAUUAUUGGAACUAUUCUAAUUGUUGCGAUUGCUCUGAUAUGUCUAUUUAUCACUUAUCCAAAUAAUAUCCGUGUACCUGGUCUAAGUCGAUCAGAAUCAGUUGCAUAUACAACACUUUCACGAACAUUCUGGUCAAUUGUUAUUGCUUGGCUUGUAUUUUUAUGUAGUACAAAUCAAGGUGGAAUAGUAAAUACAAUACUUUCUUGGCCUAUUUGGACUCCAUUAGCACGACUUAAUUAUUCAUGUUAUUUAGUUCAUUCUACGAUACUUCAUAUUAUUAUAUUCAAUCAAACUAUGCCUUUCUAUUUUAAAGGACAUCUUCUAGUAAAUAAUUUUAUUUCACAAAUUUUUUUUAGUUAUGUUGCAGCUAUUUUAGUUUCGAUCUUUUUUGAAACGCCCUUUUUUAUUGUUGAAAAAAAAUUAUUUAAACGAUAA